AUGUUACAAGAAAAGAAUGAUUUCCUUAACUUAAAAUUUUUACGUCGUCAAACAUUACGAGAACUAUUUUCUCAAUUAACAACAUCAGCAGAACGAUGGGCUGCUUUUAAACAACAUACCGAUGCAAUGAUUAAUUCGGUGACAUCUUCUACUAAAUAUCGUAAAUCUACAUAUACAACAUUAAUUGACGAAAUCAUGUUUGAAUAUUGUUAUCCACGUCUUGAUGCAAAUGUAACAAAAGGAAUGAAUCAUUUAUUGAAAUCACCAUUUAGUAUUCAUCCCAAAACUGGCCGUGUUUCAAUACCAAUUCAUUUAGAUUCAUUGGGAUAUUUUGAUCCGUGUAAAGAAGGUUCAGUUCCAAAAUUAAACGAAUUAUGUCAACAAGUUGAACAAUUACCAAAACAAAAUCAACAAAGCGAAGAUGGAUCUAAUGAGAAAACUGCGACGAAACAAAAAGAUUAUAAUCAAACAUCUCUUAAACCAUUUAUUGAUAUAUUUGCUCGUUUUGUGCAGCAAUCACAAACGAGUAAACAAAAUGAAACAUUAGCUAAAAGUGAUCUUAAUACAAUGUUAUCAGGAGAAAUUUAA